CUGAAGGAUCGGCGACGAAUGGACGCGACGCGCCGCGUCCGCUGCGACACUUAGCGGGCUCCACUUCCUGGGGGGGGACGUGAUUCUCGUGCUCCGGACGACGGCGCACGUCCUCGUCGCCGUGCAGCGACCGACCGGUAGACGCGAUGGCGAACACCGGGGUGCUGCCGUUCGUGCGAGGCGUGGACUUCAGCAGCAACGACUUCGGCGAUGGCAAAUUUCCUGAAUCCGUGCGUCUCAUGACCGGGAUACAAUGGCUGAAAUUAGACAAAACGAACUUGGUGGAGAUCCCGGAGGAGAUGGGCAAGUUGUUGAAACUGGAACAUCUGUCACUUGUCAAAAACAAACUGGAACGUUUAUACGGAGAGUUGACGGAAUUGAACUGUCUCAGGACACUAAACAUAAGGCAUAAUAAUAUCAAAUCCAGUGGUAUUCCGGCGGAAUUGUUUCAUUUAGAGGAACUAACAACCUUAGACUUAAGUCACAACAAUUUGAAGGAGGUACCUGAAGGCCUAGAAAGAGCACGUUCCUUGCUCAAUCUUAAUUUAAGCCAUAAUCAUAUCGAAACCAUACCAAAUACGUUGUUCAUCCACUUGACGGACUUGUUGUUCUUGGAUCUUAGUUACAAUAAGCUGGAAACGGUGCCACCACAGACUAGACGUUUGGCUAACCUGCAGACUUUAAACCUGAAUCAUAAUCCCUUGGGUCAUUUUCAGUUAAGACAAUUGCCAUCAUUAAUGAAUUUAACGACGUUACAAAUGCGGGACACACAACGAACAUUGAAUAAUAUACCUUCUAGUCUAGAAACGUUAACUAAUUUGCAAGAGCUCGAUUUGUCACAGAAUAAUUUACCUCGAGUGCCUGACGCGCUUUAUUCCCUGUCGAAUUUGCGCCGUUUAAAUCUAAGUGACAAUCAGAUAACGGAGUUGUCAACAGCGAUCGAAUUGUGGACGAGAUUGGAGACUCUGAACGUGUCGCGAAACAAAUUAAGUGCAAUACCAGCCGCUUUGUGCAAGAUUUUCACAUUAAGAAGAUUGUAUUUAAACGAUAACGAAUUAGAUUUUGAGGGUAUACCUUCUGGAAUAGGAAAAUUAUCAUCUUUACAGGUUUUUUCUGCCGCUAACAAUCAUUUAGAAAUGAUACCAGAAGGAUUAUGCAGAUGUGGUUCAUUAAAGCAAUUAAUAUUAACGUCAAACCGACUGAUUACCGUGCCGGAUGCCAUCCACCUUCUGACUGAUUUAGAACAGCUGGAUUUACGGGACAAUCCGAAUUUAGUGAUGCCACCAAAACCGACGGAAGUUCAAAGGGGAUCGGGCAUCGAAUUUUAUAAUAUUGACUUCUCGCUGCAACAUCAGUUGCGUCUUGCUGGUGCUAAUGUACCAGCUCCAGUUCAAGCCGCCAAUAAAGAUCCAAUCGCGCGUAAAAUGAGAUUAAGAAGAAGGAGAGAUCAGGAGGAGGCUGAUCAGGAUCAGGCCAAAAUUCUUAAGGGCAUGAAAGACAUAGCGAAAGAGAAGAACAAGGAUAAGGAAUGUGAGGAAUCGAAAGCGGAAUCCUUAAAACCCAAGCGAUGGGAUGAGGCUUUAGAGAAGCCACCGUUGGAUUAUUCCGAGUUUUUUGACGAGGACGCGGGUCAAAUACCCGGCUUGUCGGUCUGGGAGAUAGAGAACUUUCUGCCGAACGAGAUCGAGGAGGUGGCGCACGGCAAGUUUUACGAGGGCGAUUGUUACAUCAUCCUGAAAACCGGGAUAGACGAAGGUGGAGCGUUGACCUGGGCGAUCUAUUUCUGGAUCGGGGAAAAGGCGACAUUAGAUAAAAGAGCGUGUGCGGCGAUUCACGCCGUAAAUCUGAGGAACUACCUAGGCGCACAAUGUCGGACAAUCAGGGAAGAACAAGGGGACGAAUCGGAUGAAUUUCUGAUGCUGUUCGAUUCGGGUAUCACCUAUAUCGAGGGCGGUCGCACGUCGUCCGGUUUUUACACAGUGGAAGAUACACCAGCGAUUACUCGUUUAUAUCGAGUGCACGCGGCGGGGGCUUCUAUACAUUUGGAACCAGUUCCAGUCUGUGCCGAAUCCCUGGAUUCCGACUAUGUAUUUGUUCUUGACACGGGGAAUAAGAUAUUCAUGUGGUACGGAAAGAAGGCGAAGAGCACGUUAAAAUCAAAAGCGCGACUGAUGGCAGAGAAAAUUAAUAAGAACGAACGGAAAAAUAAAGCCGAGAUUCUAACGGAGGUCAUGGGUGCCGAGUCCGAAGAUUUCUUCCUGCAUUUAGGAGUGGAGGAGCACGAACAAAAAAAUCUGCAAAUUGUGGAGCACGUGGAUCCAAAUUUUGUGCCUCUCGUGCCCAGAUUGUAUCAAGUUCAACUCGGAAUGGGCUAUCUGGAACUACCGCAGAUCGAGGUUCCUCACGGAAAGUUAACGAACACCUUGUUAAAUGUUCGCAAUGUGUAUAUACUAGACUGCUAUUUAGAUGUAUACGUUUGGUUUGGUAAAAAAUCGACGAGAUUAGUACGCGCCGCUGCUGUGAAACUAUCUCAAGAAUUGUUCAACAUGAUAGAAAGGCCAGAGUACGCGAUGGUAACGAGAUUGCAAGAGGGUACUGAAUCACAGAUCUUCAAGUCUAAAUUUACCGGAUGGGACGAAGUAAUCGCCGUGGAUUUCACUAGAACGGCUGAAUCGGUCGCUAAAACUGGGGCGGAUCUCACUAAGUGGGCUAAACAGCAGGAAACAAAAGCGGAUUUGGCCGCUUUAUUCAUGCCGCGGCAACCACUGAUGUCGGCUGCCGAAGCGCAUCAACUGAUGACGGAGUGGAACGACGAUUUAGAGGGAAUGGAAGCGUUGGUGUUAGAAGGAAAAAAAUUUGUACGUCUGCCGGAGGAGGAAUUAGGACAUUUUUACAGUGCGGAUUGCUACGUUUUUUUAUGCCGGUAUUGGAUGCCACUGGAUAUAACGGAGAACGAAGACGGUGAGGAGCAAUACGAAGACGAUUAUCAAUGUACGGUGUAUUUCUGGCAAGGCAGAGACGCGGGAAACAUGGGAUGGCUGACGUUUACGUUCAGUCUGCAAAAGAAAUUCAAGUCAUUGUUCGGCGAAAACCUGGAGGUUGUGAGGACACAUCAGCAGCAAGAAAAUCUAAAGUUCAUGAGUUAUUUCAAACGAAAGUUCAUCAUUCACCAAGGCAAACGUAAGCAGCCAAAGACUGCGGGUAAUGCCAAAGUGGAGUUCUAUCAUUUGCGAAGUAACGGCAGUGCCUUAUGUACUCGGCUCAUUCAAAUACCGGCGGAUUCGACGUUACUGAAUCCUGCUUUCUGUUAUCUCUUAAAUGUGCCAUUCAACAAUUCCGACGAAGGAACCGGAAUCGUGUACGCGUGGAUCGGGUCGAAGGCUGAUCCCGAAGACGCUCGUCUAAUCGGAGAAAUAGCAGAGGAAAUGUUCAACAACCCAUGGAUAAGCCUGCAAGUAUUAAACGAAGGCGAGGAACCAGACAACUUCUUCUGGGUGGCGCUUGGAGGGAAGAAACCGUACGACACUGAUGCGGAGUUUAUGAAUUACACAAGACUAUUUAGAUGUUCCAACGAGAAAGGAUACUUUACAAUCAGCGAGAAGUGCACCGAUUUUUGCCAAGACGAUUUAGCAGACGACGAUAUAAUGAUUCUCGAUAAUGGAGAGCAAGUAUUUCUCUGGCUGGGUACUCGCUGUUCAGAGGUUGAAAUCAAACUGGCUUACAAGUCAGCUCAGGUAUAUAUUCAACACUUGCGCGUGAAGCAACCCGAGAGACCCCGUAAAUUAUUUUUAACUGCCAAAGGUAAGGAAUCCAGAAGAUUCAUGAAAUGCUUUCACGGCUGGGGCUCGCACAAGAGGCCACCGCAGUAAAAUCGAGUCAGUGCUCACUACGCUUACCGUUUCAGAGUUAGUUUUUAUAAUCGCAGGCAGGGUAUGACACAAGCGCAACAUUGUUAUGUAGAUUCGUAAUGCGUCCGCGAUCUUCGUUCUUAACUUCACGUUUCAUAUGCCGGCCAAAUGGAGGUCAAUCCAUCGCAAUAAUCUGUGUAUCCUCGCGAUGCGAACGAUCGAUUAGGAAACGGAAUAAUUGUUCACUAAACAACAACGAAUCUAAUUAGUAAAGUUUACAUUUUCGCGUUUGCUUCUUCGCUUUUUCGACUUACUGAAUAAUUCAUCACCGAAUUGCUUUCUCGAGUACUCGAGCGCCAAUCUGCUUGGUAUACGUAAUUCAGAUUUCUAUUUUUAUUAGCACGGGCACCUUUUCGACUCAGUCUCAUAUAUUUCUUAAUUCAAACGGAUGCGAAUACAAAGAGUUUUUCCAUCCUCGAGUCCAACAAGAUUCUCACUGUGAUGCGAUUCUCUCCUAUUUUACACUGUGAAAGAGAUUCGUCUACCUUAACCGUUAUAAUUCAUACUCCGUGUAUUCAGCGAGAGACUUAUUUAUUUAUUUAUUCACAUAUAUUUCCGUAUUUAUGAAGUUUUUCGUACAGACUAGACUAUGUAUCCAUUUUUAUUUCUCGCAAGUUUACGCGUUUCAGAUAAGAUGUGAUAGACAUUUUUAAAAAUUGUUCGAUGAAUUGUGAUACAAAUGUUUAUCGUCGAAUUGUAACGUUGAAAAAAAAAAAGCAUUUUCUUUUUAUUCUUUUGUAGAGAAAUAAUUCUUCCAUAAGAAGAUAUAUCAACUUGUAUAGCCCUGAAAGGGUUAAGAUAGGAUUUGUCCACAAGUUUUCUAGAUUCGCGCGCUUCUAGCAAAUACCGUCAAAAUUGUCAAUUGAACAGGAUUAUUGGAAAUCGCAUUUGGAAAUUUGUGAAUACUAAUCGAAGACUGAAAAAGAGAUACGUGUAAUUAUAAUCAUGUACACAUCUGACUAUUAACACCGCCCGAUUGUACAGAUGCCAUAAUGAUCGUUUUUUGUAUUACUUACAUUGUAUUUAACACAAUUUAUUUAUAGAUAUAAUAUAUAUACAUAGAUUUUGUAAAAGUUCUACUUAACUCUCAACAAUUGUAUAAAUAAAUAUUUCUAUGACAAUUUA